AUGUUAAGACUUCAACGGUACAACUUGGUGGUGACUUACAAACCUGAUCCCCAGAUGUACGUUGCCGACAACCUAUCUAGAGCCUCAGUGCCAGACACCGGCACACCAGAGACUGAGUUCCAAGUGUUUGCACUUGAACUUAAGGCCAUUCGUCCACUCACCACUAUCAAGAUAAGCAGCGAAAGAUUGUCUCAACUCCAGAAAGCAACAGAACAGGACCCUGUAAUGCAAACCAUUAAGACAACAAUACUUACAGGAUGGCCAUCACUACGUGAGGAAACGCCUAUAUCCAUCAGAGAGUUCUGGAACUUCAGAGACGAGUUUAAAUUACACAAUGGAGUACUAUUCAAGAGCCAACGACUGAUUAUACCUAAAGCUCUACACACGGAAGCAUCUUCACGUAUACACUCAAGUCACCUUGGCAUUGAAUCAUGUCUUAGAAAGGCAAGAGAUCUGGUCUUCUGGCCUUCAAUGAAUAGUGAAAUCAAAGAGGCCAUAACYAACUGUUCUAUCUGUGCCGAGUAUCAAGCCAAACAGCAGAAACAGCCAAUGCAAACACACCAGAUCCCUGUCCACCCCUAG